ACUAUUUUUUUUUCAAUGGCAACUACGAAUGCAGUAGCAGCCAUCUGAAGCAAACCGGGUUUUUUUUCUUCGCACUCUAAUAUACGGUCUUCACGGUCGCCGACCAUGUUACGUCGACCAUACCCGCCCAGCUCGGGGCUGCUGAUUUGCCAGGCUUGCGAGUUGGUGCUCAACAAGCCGCAAUGGAUACGAGUGGGCAGCCGCACUUCAAUGGCGCUGCACACGGGCAGACGCUCAACCAGGGCAAACUGGACAGCCCUCAGCUCAUCCGCCUUUGGCCGCGCGUUCACAACCUCACAACCGUGCCCAAAAGCGAAGCGGUCACAGGCAUCACAGGGUGCUGACGUUUCACACAGCCGCUUUGGCAAGGCGGGCGCAUCAGCAACCUACCAUCCUCCUGGCCCAGACGCCGCAGCGGUUGCUUCGGCCGUGGACCGCGUCGUCAGGGCAUUCAUGGCUUCCUCCGGCAUCCCCUCGGAGGAGACUACCUUGACGGCGCUGCGAGCGAUUGCCCAGAUUGAUGUGAGGCCGCCGCCAGCUGCUGCAGAGCGUCGGUCAGAAGACGCCGCCGCCGAGACCCGGGGGCCAGCCUCGCAGCUGCUGGGUCUGGAUGGCCUAGCUCCCCAGGCCGGGGAUGCGGCACGGCCGCCGAGGACCCCCUCGCAACGGUCGCAGGACGUUGUCGACAAGGUCUCGGAAGCCGCCUACACCAUUGUCACCCGCCCGACAGUCGUCAUCACCCGCACAAUUCUCGCCGAGUACGUCAAGCUCCAGGCCCGUCUUGGCAAGCCACAGAGCCUGCCGCAGAUCCUUCGUCUCUAUGCAAGCAAGCCCACGCCCAAGCUGGUCUCUGGCUCCGUCCAAUAUGUCGAGCGCAACCCGAACAAGGCAGAGAGCGCAGUCGACCCUGCGGUGGCUGAGGCUGCUCUUGACGCCGCAAUCGAGGCCAAGGACCUGGAGGCCGCGAUCGGCAUCCUGGAGAACACCUACUCGGCAAAGGCCUUCUUGCGGUCCAAGCUCAUUAAGAAGGGAUUCGUGCCUGGGCUGGCAGCCGCCGGCACGCCCGUUGCCAUCUACUAUGCCGCUACCCAACUGGCCCAGUUGCAGCACUCGCUCGAACCCAAGGUUGCGACCGGUUUCGUAUUCGCCGGCGCCAUCUGCUACGUGGGGUUCACUGCCACUAUCGGUAUGGUCGCCCACUUCACGGCGAAUGACCAGAUGAAACGAGUGACCUGGGCAUUGGGCACACCUCUCCGCCACCGGUGGCUCUACGAGGAGGAGCGCGCCGCCCUCGACAAGAUCGCCUGCUCCUUUGGUUUCUCGGAAGAGCACCGCUAUGGCGAGGAAGAGGGGGAGGAGUUCAUGUGGCUUCGGGAAUACAUACUCAGCAGAUCGAUGAUUUUGGACGCGGUGGAUCUCAUGCCGGGCAUGAACUAGGUCCCGGCCGCCUGGGCGCAAUCAACGUGGAGGGGGUGAGAGAAGACUGCGGCUGACGCUGAUGACGGUGACCGGGGGGAACAAGGCGGUUGAUUGUUAAUACCUACGCGUCGGGAGACACCAACGGCUUGGCGCGCUGCACCGACAGGCGGUUGCGAGAACUCGGAUCGUCAACCUCUCGGAGCCCGGCCACUCUUGGCCCAACGACUCCCCUG